GGCUAGUGACUGACAGCAGAGUCAUCCAGUGAUGUUUGUACUCUGAGAACUGCCUCUUCCAGAAAGGAAGGUGCCCCACCCAUAACAGAAGUACCUUGGGUGACACACUAGCGAGUACAUUCUGCUGUGCCGGACACUUCCCAGAUGGCUCAGUGUGUGACCAAGAUUCAGCUGUCCAUCUCCUGUUCAGAUCUUCUGGACAAAGAUGUGGGUUCCAAAUCAGACCCCCUGUGUGUGGUCAUGCAAAGCACUGGAGACGGGAAAUGGAUGGAGCUGGCACGUACAGAGAGGAUCAAGAACUGCCAGAGCCCAGAAUUCUCCACAAAACCAAUAGUGGAUUACUAUUUUGAGAAAGUGCAAACCAUGUCAUUUCGGAUCUACGACAUUGAUAAUAAAUCAGUUGACCUUUCUGAUGAUGAUUUUCUUGGAGGCUACCAGUGCACCCUUGGGCAGAUUGUGUCCAGCCAGAAAAUAAAGGGGCCCUUGGAGCUGAAGCAAGGGAAGCCUGCUGGGAAAGGAAGUGUUACUAUCAUUGCUGAAGAGAUUAAGGACACCAGGGUAAUUAACCUGGAGAUGGAAGCCAGAAAUCUUGACAAAAAGGAUUUCCUUGGCAAAUCUGAUCCAUUCCUGGAAUUCUUUAAGCAAGUUGAUGGUGGAAGCUGGCAGCUAGUCUACCGCUCAGAGGUAAUCAAGAACAAUCUCAACCCUACCUGGAAAAAGUUCAGUGUUCCUCUGCAGACUUUCUGUGGCGGGGACAUGAACAAGCCUAUUAAGGUUCACUGUAGCGACUAUGAUAGUGAUGGCUCCCAUGACUUAAUAGGGAUUUUUGAGACCAACGUGUCUCAGCUGCAGAAGGCUGGAGAAGGUACUCCGGUGGAGUUUGACUGUAUCAAUCCACAGAAGAAACAAAAGAAGAAAAACUAUAAGAACUCUGGCAUUGUGAAGGUCAAGUCAUGCAAAAUCGACGUUGAGUAUUCCUUCCUGGACUACAUAAUGGGAGGCUGUCAGAUCAACUUCACGGUGGGCAUAGAUUUCACUGGCUCCAAUGGGGAUCCUAAGUCCCCUGACUCUCUCCACCACAUCAGCCCGAAUGGAGUCAACGAGUAUCUGACAGCAAUCUGGUGCGUGGGCAACGUGGUGCAAGAUUAUGACGCAGACAAGCUCUUCCCAGCAUUUGGGUUUGGAGCCCAGAUUCCUCCAAACUGGCAAGUAUCGCAUGAAUUUGCCUUGAACUUCAACUCCAACAAUCCUUACUGCCCAGGUGUACAGGGUAUAGUAGAUGCUUACCGCCAGUCUCUGCCUCAAGUCCGUCUCUACGGCCCAACCAACUUCUCUCCCAUCAUCAAACACGUUACUCGGUUUGCGGCAGGUGAAGCUCAGCAGAAAACUGCCUCUCAAUACUUUGUUCUUCUGAUCAUCACUGAUGGGGAAAUCACAGAUCUGAAUGAGACCAGAAACGCUAUCGUACAAGCCUCCAAACUGCCAAUGUCCAUCAUAAUCAUUGGAGUGGGCAAUGCAGACUUCAAGGCCAUGGAAUUCCUGGAUGGGGAUAAUGGAGUUCUGAAGUCUUCCAGUGGAGAACCAGCUGCCAGAGACAUUGUCCAGUUUGUGCCUUUCCGCCAGUUUCAAAAUGCACCUCGGGAAGCUCUAUCCCAGGCUGUUCUGGCAGAGGUUCCCAAGCAACUGGUCUCUUAUUUCAAGUUACUUGGUCUGGGCCCUGUGAAGCUUCCAGAGAAGACUAAACCAUAGAAGAUAUGUCAGUGUCCUGUGACUAGGUGCUUCUCUCAUUCCCAACCAGAAGAAUAGCAAAUACUGGAAUUCCCCUCCAUUUCUCUCUAUUUUUUAAAUUUUUAUAUACGUUCCAUAGCCUGUCGUUGUUCACACUUAUUUGACACUGUAACUUUGCCAUACCAGAAUAUACAAGAGUCUGCACAAUUCUAGGGCACAUUUAAAAGGAUGGACCUUGUCGUUAGAGGCUAGUAGGAAUUGGCCAAUCAAACCUUUUUAGCGGGUGUCUUUACCUGUUGCCAACCACAUAUAGCAGUUGUUAAUAGUUUUGUGUAGAUUUGUUUUUUGUACAUUUUAUGUGAAUGUAGAAUGUGUAAAAAUCCACCUCUUUUGCUGUAUUAGCAGAUCCCUUGUGGAAGUUAUUAUCCAUGUUACUCCAAUGUUAGGUGACCUAGAUUUAGAGUUUAACGUUGAAUGUUACAGAAUUCUUUGUAUCUUUUUCCUGUUAUUAAGGCUAGUUCAUUGUGACGCAACAAGCAUUUCCUUAUCUCAAUGCAGCUGCCCUAGAAGUCGGGAUGCACCGAAUCCAGGAUUCGGGCAAGAUUCUGCCUUUUUCAGCAGGAUUCAGAUUCGGCCGAAUCCAGCAAUGGAACUAGGUGGGAGCGGGCCCUGGUGCGGGUUGUGCAGCCGGGCCCCCCACCCUCGUCCGUGCGAAUUUACUUUGCGGCUGCAGCACACGCGAUCUGCCGGGGGGCCCUGCGGGGGUGCGGGCCCUGGCCCAGUUGCAAACCCUGCUCCCCCGGUAGUUAUGCCACUGCCCGAAUCCUGGUGCCUAGCCGAACCGUAUCCUAAUUUGCAUAUGUAAAUUAGGGGUGGGUAGGGAAAUCACAUGACUUCAUCAAAAAAGAAGUAUUAGGAUUCGAUUCAGUAUUCGGCCAAAUCUUUCACCAAGGAUUCGGGGAUUCCGUUAAAUCCCAAAUAGUGGAUCCGGUGCAUCCCUACCUACAAGCCACUCUUGUUAAUCAAUAUGCCAGGCUUAGUUGUGCAUUUAUAGGUAGAGUAGAUUUAUACUAUUCCUAAAGUUAUUUUGAUGCCAGUGGGAAUUGUAGAGGCUACCAAUGUGCCUUCAAGCGUCACACCAUCAUCUAGUUAUUAUUGGCCAUGUUUAAGCAGCAAUGUAAUCUGCAAAAAUGGCUACUGUACAAAGAAGACAUGAGAUUGUCUGGUCAUUCUUCCAUGUAUAAAGGAGAGAUUACAUGGGGCAGAAUGGUUUGUGCUACAUAGUCACUAAGUUUAGUUCCUGCUUUCAGUCCUGGGUCUGGUUCUGCUCAGCAUGAUGUGCAUGUAUAUUAAGCCCACAGACUGCUGGAAGUAUAACUUUCCUCUUUUGGCUGCUUCCCCUAAUACCGAGGACCUCCCAAUUGCCUAUGUUGCCUUGCCUUGGAAUUGCAAUAGAUUUUAUUAGUGCACUUGAAUGCUGGAUUUAUUAUUGCAUUUGCCAAAUGCCUUAUUUUUAUAAUUUCUGCUGUGCCUUUCAGAUGACCAUGUCUAUUAUGGCUGCUACUAGAGCUUUCUGAAUGGUUUACAUGUUGUAUUCCAAAUCCUGGAUUGGUUGCCUAUUCCUGAAAGCUGCCAAAAGGAGUUUGUUGUCCAACAAAUAAUAGAAUAAGAAUAUAAACCAUAGAGUUGCCAUUAUAAGCUUAUACAAAUACUAGCUCUUAGGUGCAAUGUGACUGCUGUAUAAAACUAAUGCUAUAAACACCUAUAUAACCAAA